GAUUCAUUUGUUGUUUUGCUAAAUUUAUUAUUAUAACUACGUAAAGAAAAAAAAAACACAUCCGGACACUUUAAGGCCCGGAGUGUUAGAUCUAUAAACAAAGAACAAGAAUAGUUCAUGUUAAAGUACAGUGUCCAACAGUUAAAUUAGAUUAGAGGGACUUAUAUAGCAAACUUGAGGGAUAAACAGAGCAAAUUGAAGAGAUAUAGAGACCGAAUUGGAGAAUUGGAGGAAUAUAAAGAGCAAAUAGGAAGGACAUAGAGAAGCAAUUACAGAAAUAUAGAAAACAAGGCAAUUCCGAUAUAUAGACAAAAGAGGUAUACUAGUAUCACAAGAACAGUGAACCAUGGGUAGCAGAGCAUCAUUUCCAGUCGUGCCAAUUUCCAAUGAUCGAGUCUUCAUAGUGACGGGAGCAAAUACAGGAAUAGGGUAUGAGAUCGCUAAAUGGUGCGCCAUGAUGGGAGCUACUGUAAUCCUAGCUUGCCGGUCAGAGGAUCGAGCUAGAAAAGCCAUGGAGACUAUGCAAGAGGAGUUUAAAACAGAAAAAGCGAAAGGAACUAAGGGUUUGACUGGAAGUCCGAAUCUUGCAAUUGAAUUCAUGAAACUGGACCUUGCAUCGUUUCAGUCAGUGGUAGAAUUUUGUGAAGAAUUUAAGAAAAGUGGUCGCCAGCUUCAUGUGUUGUUUUGUAAUGCGGGUCUUGGAUUUGGUCCAUAUAAACAAAGUGGAGACGGACUUGAAAUGAUGUUGCAGGUGAAUUACUUGAGUCAUUUCAUCAUAAUUGCAAAAUUCCUAUCAAUAAUGCGACAGUCUGGACCUGAUUGCCGUAUAAUACUGAUGUCCAGCAAAGCUCACGAGAUUGGGAACUUUGACAUCACAACAAUGAAUUACACGGACACUGCCGAAAAGUUUCCUGGUCUGGAUUACUACGGACGAUCAAAGCUUUACCAAAUCAUGCAAACAUUGGCAAUGUCACGGCGGCUUAAAGAUUCGAACAUUACGAUAAAUUGCAUGCAUCCAGGGGUUGUUGAAACGGAGUUGUGGCGUGAGAUGGACUCAUGCAUUGUAAGAUGUCUUAUAGGAUUCUCUCGCAAGUGUGGUACUCUGAGAACAUCCUUAGAAGGGGCAACUACAGGCAUUGACCUAGCGACCAACCCUAAACGUGCAGGAGUUUCGGGACAUUAUUGGAUAGACUGUAAAAUCGUUACGUCAACAAUUACGUCACGUAAUGAACAGAAACAGGAGGCAUUGUGGAAAGCAACAUUUCCGUUUAUAGAACAGUACCUUACAGAAACGGAAAUUGCUGAACUGGAACGAGAGUGAUUUUCUCUGUGUUUUAAUGGAAAUAAAAUCUGUAAAUAGAUCCUUUGGAAGCAUAGAAUGCAACCAAGCAGAAUAUUAGCAGACUCGGUUUGAUUUAGUAUGUUCAUGAGAGGUAAUGAAAUGUGCAACACCUCUCACACCCCUUAGCACCGGCCUAAGCAGAACGCUAUUACACAUCUAUUGAAUGGACACAAUGAUCUGAAAGGAAAUAAUUUCCUAUCAUCUAUUUCGUGGUUCUUAAUAAUAUGUUGAAAUAGAAUGAUAGACCACAUCCAACUAAAUAUAAUGUUUUCGGUGAAUUAUUUUGUAAAAGGCGUAAGGAAUAUCUUUUGAACAAUUUCUAUCUUAGUGAGAAACUGUCGAAGUUGUGACUAAUUGCAUGUGCACAUAAUCAAAGUACUGAGAGGACUGAUGGGGGCAAUGCUUUGCAGUUUCAAGACUUGAUGUAAGCCAUUCAUGUCAGGGAAGUACAUCUAUCUAUCUAUCUUCCGUAACCGUCGAACCCCUUGCGGGGACGUAGACGUUUUACAGGCAUUAUGUAAUGCACUUGUGUGUGGCAUUAAAUGGAGUGGUCACAACUUUAACAGUGCACAAUAAUAAAAUUUAUUAAUUUUAUGUUCAAUACACUUCUGUAUUUUAUUCAAAAGGUAAAGAUAAAAAAUCUAGUCUUGUUCAAUAGCAGUUGUUCAUCGACAAACAAAAACCUUUCAUUGCUAGGUUUGAUAAAAUGUAAAAGAAAAAGCUAUACAAUGUAUUUCAAUUUCUUCAGUACUUCUGUUUGUACUCUAUGUCCUGACAUGUGUUCUUGACAGUCUAACAGAAACAGGCAAACUCUGUAACACUUUAUGAAAGUUUGGAAAGAAAGUCAAAAUAUUCCAAUAUGUGAAAGUUUAAAGGAACAGGAUUUCCUUGACCUGACAUUGAAAAAACCUGUCUAUAUUUUCUAAUGUGUACAAUACUUAUCAAUUUAAAAAAUCAGGAAUGUUUUUGUUACAAAUAAGCAUCAUUUUAAUAAGAAGUCGUCAUAAGUUAACACACACACACCUGUAAAAAUAUUUUUUAUAGAUCUACCUUUUUCCAUUCCAACUAUUGCUAAUAUUCAGUAACUGUUUUCUUAAAAACAUACAUGAUAUAUAUUGCUAUUAUCAUUCAUAUUGUUUAUGUUUGUGGAUCAAAAUAACAUUGUCUAUUUCAAUUUUAGGUUAUUUGAUAUACACCUGAAUUUCAGACUAUCAAUAUCAUAAUAUAAGAAAUACAUUAAACACUAUGAAAACCG